UCAGCGGACCUCUGUGAACACUAAGCCUGCGUUUAACUUUCGAAAAACAACAUUACGUAACAACUACUAUUCAAUUUUUCAUUUUUUUUUAUUCCAAUCGUUUAAGUUUUGAAAAAAAAAAAUAAUCAUGAAGAUAGAUGUAGCGAAAUUAAUAAAUGAAGUCAGCAAACAUCCAGAAAUCUACAAUCCAGAUCAUAAAGAUUUUUCUAAUAAAGAAAUACGAAACAACAUUUUUAAUACAGUUAUCAAUAAAGAUAUGAAUGGAAUAAGUGGCGAAAUUCUGCAGCACAAGUGGGACCAAAUAUUGAACAAGUAUGCUAAUUUUAUCAGAAAACUGAGCAACGACGAUUCGUCUGAAAAGGUUUUGGAACGAUUCAUGAAAUGGCCGUGGACGAAGCCUAUGCGUAUUUUUAAACCUUAUGUUCGCAAACAAUUCCAAAUACCGGAAUUCCAAUCCGCAACACAGCUGAUACCCGACAUGGACAUGUCACACAUCCCGAUGGUGGCUCUCCAGCCUUUGCACACUAUACCCAUUAUAAACGGAUCGUCUGACGAARACGCGGCGUCUGGCUCCGGAUUUCCGUUCCCGUUACCCACCGGGCAGGGAUCGGAACUGCAUGGUGUCGGUUUCGCAGGACAKAUACCAGUAGUUCGAUACGCAACGUUGUCGCCAUCGACGACCAACGAAGGACUUUCCAAUGCGAACGACACACCAACCACUUCGAGAGCUACAGACACCCAACUCACGCACCCGAUACCAGAGCCUAGUCUUGAGAUCCCUCGCUCGAGUGCGAUGGAAGUCGUAGAAAUACCGACCAUGUCUGAUAUGGAGUUUGUGGGUCCCGAAUUCAUAGUUCCAGCAGCAGGAUUCCCGCAGUUUUUUGAAAACUUGGGUGGCAUAUUGUCACCGCUCGGUUCCAAUGACGCGAAUGAAGAUUACAAUAACCAGAUGGGGAGGAAUAUCAGCGCCGCUAUUCGAAGGAUGAUGGAACGGUUCCCCAUUGACAAUGUAAACAAUGACGAUGGAAACAACGACGAAGACGAUGACAAUGACGACGAGGACGACGACGAUGAUGACAACAGCGAUGCAGAUGACGAGAUCGCAACAGACGAAGAGGGAGUGUCGACGGUAGAUGAUGGGCCAUCCAGUGCCAAGAAGAGACGGGAACAAUCCAGCGAAGACAGCGAUAAAGAUGAUAAAGAUAGUAUAGAAGCUGACGGUGAUAUAAGCUGCACAGGAGACAACGAAAAUGAUGAUCAGUCGGAUGUUCUGCCUGAUCUGCCACAGCCCAAGCCGGAAGUCAAGAGAGGACCAGCGGAUUUUAGUGCGCAGGAGCACAUAUUUCUCGCCUGGGCCAAAACGAUGAGCACAUUUACGGCCAAAAGACAAGCAACAAUUAAAAUGCAAAUCAACAAAAUUAUGUCCGAGGCUGAAUUCGAAGAUUUGGACGACGAGUUUUUUGCAGCCAACAAAAAGCCCCAUCGGCCUAUUUACACUUCACGCUAUUGAAUAAAUCGUUUGUUUUAUUCCCAUCAAAGGAUCAGGACUAGGAUGUAAUUUUGCGGAACACUCUACAAUGCCAUUUCAUCACUGAGGAUAAUAACGUUCGCCGCUYCGCACUUUUCGUUUAUAUAAAUUAUAAUAUUAUUAGGAGGAUUAAUUACGCAUUUAAUAUUUAUCAAUCACGCAUCAUUUACGCGUGUUUAUUAUAAAUUGGUGUCAUUAUUCGUUACAAUGUUACAUUUUACUAUAACCUAAUAAAAAUAUAUAUUAUACUCAUAUACAUAUUUUAUAAUAGAAAUAAUAGUUUGUUUGAAUUAUGUGUUAGAACCAGUGCCGCAACCAAAAAUUUUUCACUCCCCGCCAAAAGAUACUUACCUAAUUUAGUAAUUUAGCCACUAAAGUAUCCAGCCUACCUUAGUUAAAUUUCGACUGGUUAGAAAAAAGAGAGGAAUUUGUAAAUUAAGAACCAAAUAAAAAAAGACACUCACACUUAGUUCGAGACUCAAUCUAAUUGGAUUUAUUAUAAAAGAYUAAUAAUCUUAACAAACAUCCAAAACAAGAAUCAUAUCUAGGGAGUUAUGUAUAAUGUAUCUAUUACAUAAUUUAAUAAAAUAUUUAGGUGACUACUGACUAGGUAGGUAUAU